AUGUGGCCUUACAGCACGCCCAAGUCCGAUACGAUGAUGUUUCUGACUCCACUGCUCGGUGAAAGAUCAAUCGUCAUGGCCCAGGGCUCGGAAUGGAAAGACAUGAGGAAACAUUUCAACCCAGGCUUUGCCCCCCAGCAUCUCAUGGGUUUGAUGCCAGUAAUUCUGGAAAAGACCCAGGCCUUUCUAGCGAAACUAGACACACUUGCCGAUACGGGCGCCGUCUUUGAGCUCGAGCCUCUUUGUACGAAUCUCACAUUCGAUAUCAUCGGUGCUGUGACUAUGGACGUCGAUCUCGGCGCCCAGCUCCCAGAAGAGCUCCAGAGUGACUUCAUCAAAAGCUACAAAGAGUUUCUUCUAUCAUACAAAGAGAGCACCGGUAUGUUACGGUGGGCAGAUGGCCCUCGAAGGAACCGUCGACGGAAGAGAUUAUCUAAAACUCUCAACGUCUUUCUGGAGGACCUCAUCCAGCGCAAGUUCGAUGACGUAAAACAGAACGAAAGCUCUUCAACUCGUAGCAUCUUGGCCCUGAGCUUGAAAGAUACUGAAGUGUUGACUCGGGACGUCAUUGACUACACCAAGGAUCAGCUCAAAAGUUUCAUUUUCGCAGGCCAUGACACCACCAGCAUUAUCCUCCAAUGGGCCUGUUACGAGCUGUCCCGAACCCCACGUGCAAUGAAGGCUGUCAGGGCCGAACUGGAGGCUCUUUUUGGCCCGGAUCUGAGUCCCGCAUCGGUCCGCGAAGCUCUGCUCUCGAGAGGCGAGGAAAUUACGCGGGGAAUGACAUACACUUCGGCGGUCAUCAAAGAAACCUUGCGCCUGUACCCCCCCGCCGGCACAGCUCGUCUUAGCCAGCCUGGGGCAAACUUUCACCUUCAACUGCCGAGCGGAGCCAGCCUGUGCGUCGACGGUAUGGUUUUGUACAUCUGUUCCCACCUGAUCCAGCGGGACCCCGACGUCUACGGAAGUACCAAGGACGACUUCGUUCCCGAGCGAUGGAUCGGCAACACGGAUACGUCCAUGGCAACAAACGAAGACGAAAAGGCGGGUGCCGGAGAGUGCGAGAUUCCUGCUUCUGCGUGGAGGCCGUUUGAGAGAGGACCCAGAAACUGCAUCGGACAAGAGCUGGCCAACAUUGAGGCUAGGGUUAUCCUAGCCAGUGUCGUUGGCAAAUACGUCUUCGAGAAGGUCGGUUUGGGAGAGGCAACUCGAGAUGAAAAGGGCAACCCAAUCAUCAAUGAAAAGGGGCAAUACAAGUCUAACACUCAACUCUACAACACCCGUCAGGUCACUUCGCGCCCCGUCGACAACAUGAAGGUCCGCGUGAGGCUACGGGAUGAGACCAAAGAUUGA